AUGUCGUCCCGUAUCAACACCAUUCUCAUCCUCGGAGCAGCUGGCGGGAUCGGCGAGGCUACAGCUCAUCGAUUCCAUAGCCUGGGUAAAAAAGUCAUCGUAACUGGAAGGGAGCAAGACAGAGAGAGAUUAGAGCAGAUUGUCAACGAGCUUGAAGGCCUGGAGUACCGCAUUUGGGAUCUCACCCAGCUCGACUCACUGCAGCCUCAAGUUGACGGUAUCCUCCGCCACUUUCCCAAGCUUGACACUGUCUUCGUCAACGCCGGCAUCCAAAACCACUACGACAUCUUCCAAAACCCACCCCCCAAUCUCGCCCAGGAAGCCAUUCAAGAGUUAACAACCAACUUGGUUGCACCCAUUCUUGUCGCUCAGGCCUUUGCCGCCCAUCUUUUGUCUCUUGCAAAACAAGGCAUCAAAACCAACAUCUUCCUUACGAGCUCCUCGCUGGCGUAUUUCCCUGUUCCAUUUUACCCAACCUACUGCCCUUCCAAAGCCGGCGUGGCGUCCUUUUGCAAGAUCUUACGCUGGCAGCUUGAGGCGACUGGUGUCAAAGGAAUGAGCGUUGUUGAAGUCGCACCGCCUUAUGUCGACACACCCCUGAAUGCUCAUCACAGAGAGCAAACCGAUGCGCUGCAGGGCGGGCCUGAGAAGGCGGUGCAGCCUAUGCCGCUUGACGAAUACAUCGACAAGUUCUUUGACCUGUUGGAGAACACCAAGCAUGAUGGGUCAAUAAGUGAUGAGAUUGGGGUCGGCUUUGGCGGGCAGGGGCAAAAGGUGUGGAAGCAGGGGUAUGAGAGCUUGCUCAGGGGGAGUGGUAUGACUGAUUAA